UCGCGAUGUUUGAUCAGCUGUUGGGAUCUGUUUUUAGAGUGUGGUGAGCGGACGGUCAACACGUGGGGAGAGGAGACCGACACGGAGGGGGUUGCGUGAGGAGAGAGGAGUGAGUUAGGCCCCACGCGCAUACAUUUGGGAACACCUAUUCACUGGGGGAGUGCGGUGUGCGUGACAUUAAAGACGGUGUAGCUGCUAGGGUCCAGAGGAGAUGCCAUUGAGGUUCCGGUCCUUUGUUCCGUACACUCUGCCGGGGGUCCUCGUGCUGAUAGGCUGGUGGUGGUACAUCUCACGCAAGAAAGGCCGGAUCACCAGCCACGAUAAGGAGGAGGGGACGGCCAUGGGCCUGCGAGCCUCCCCCAUCGAGGGCAGCAAUGGCCUAGUGGAGUUGUGCUGCACCACAACAGCAGCUGUUCCCAACCGGACCACCAGAGACAGGCCAAAAGCUGUGGGGGACAAGCCCGCUGAGCAGCAGGUCCUGGCAGAAGUACAUACUGCAGCCCAGCCCCCCAGGACCCCAAGCCCCCCAUUGUCUUCUGGUACACCCCCUUUCCUGCACCACACUGACAUGGUUGCACCAGAAGAAUGUAGCCCAGAAGCCAUCAGGCCUGAGAACACAGGCAAGACCACUGGCCCACUCUUGCUGAAGCUUUCUGAAGAGAGCCGUGUCUCCAGGGUACCGGAAGAGGAGGUUGCAAGCAACCCCACAAGCAGUGCUCUGUCUGAGUCAAAGCAGACUGUCACCUCAGCUCUUGGGCCCCCAAAACAAGUCUGCAAACUGCUUCCUGACAAGAAAGAAACAGGAGGACCAGCUGAAAUCUCAAAUGUGGUGAGACCAGAACCAGAGGGAGAGGUAGCAGCAGACAAAAUCACAGUGCCUUUCAUGGAGAACUUGCAGCUGGACCUGGUCAAGGAGGAACUGAGCACACUGCCUUCUGUGGGUGACCAUGGCUAUAAGCCUGCCCGGCAGGACUCCCCUUGCCCAGAGCCCACUUUGAGCUCUUCCUCCUGUCAAGCCACUCCGUCACUGACCCCUCAGUCGGGUGUUGCCCGGGAGAAUGGGCUGCUAGCAGACCAUGCCGAAAGCGGCACAACAGAGGAAAUUGAGCGGCUUGCAGCUGGCCUCAUUACCGAGGUCAUCUCUGCAGCUGCGCAGGAGGUGCUGGCUGUCAGCCAUAGUGGCAUGGUAGCUGGUGAGGAAGAGGAGGGUGAAGACCAAGGCAGGACCGCUAGGCGGACGUCGGAGCUGAGCAGCAGCACCCCCAUGUCCAACGGCAGACCGUGUGCUGCGCGAGAGCUCUUGAGGGACGGCGGCCUGACACCCGUCGAAGCGCAGCACCUGCUGCAGGAGGGUUCUUCUCCGACAGGUUGUGCGGAGACAGGAAGGGACAAAGAGGCAUUGAAAAGAAAACAGCUGUCGGGAGGCACAGAUGAGGUGAAUGGCUGCUUGGGGUCUCCAGCAUGGCAGACGGCAGAGGAUAGCAGCAGUGACACUAGAAGCAGGAGGAGGGCAGAGAGCGGACAGAGGAUCACCUGUCUGGGUCUGAAACACGAGGCCACACCCCCUAGCCUGGCCAAACUCCAGUCAGAGGAAGCUAUUACUGGAGCGGAAGACUCUGGCUGUAGCACUUGUCAGUCGGAGGAUGGGAUCAGCAGCGAGGACCUGCUCCACAGCACGGGGCUGUCCUGCACACCACCCGAGACCAAGGAAGUCGUAAUGCACAUUUCUGACAUCAGCACACAGGGCCCAGGCAAGCAGCACGAUGGGACUGCUAGGAGCACAUCAGAGGGAGCACCGCCACAGCAUGGGCCCUGUGUGCAGGAAUCGAAGGCACUAAAUGAUACGGGCCUGCGGAAUGGGAGUCACAUGAGCGAGACGGAGGCGGACCAUUCAGGAGGGUCUGACGUGAACAGCAUGGACUCUGUGGACAGCGGCUGCACACUGGGGGCAGGGGACGGAUCGCACGCCAGCAGACAGGCCACGCACCCACAGACCUCAGAGCUCAUCAUCUGGGAGAUUGAGGUGCCAAAGCACCUGGUUGGGCGAUUAAUUGGGAAGCAGGGGAGAUAUGUGAGCUUCCUUAAGCAAAGCUCUGGGGCAAAGAUCUACAUUUCCACACUGCCUUACACUCAGGAGUUUCAGAUAUGCCACAUAGAGGGUACACAGCAGCAGGUGGAUAAAGCACUCGCUCUCAUUGGCAAGAAGUUCAAAGACCUGGACCUGACCAACCUGUAUGCUCCACCCCCUCUACCCAUCACAUUGCCCUCUCUGCCCAUGACAUCCUGGCUACUCUUGCCCAAUGGAGUGACUGUGGAAGUGAUUGUUGUCAACAUUGUGUCAGCGGGCCAUGCCUUCGUCCAGCAGCACACACACCCCACCUACCAUGCCCUGCGCAGCCUCGACCAGCAGAUGUUCUUGUGCUACUCUCAGCCUGGAACUCCUGCCCUUCCGUCCCCUGUGGAAGUGGGAGUGAUCUGUGCAGCCCCUGCAGGAGAAGGAGCCUGGUGGAGAGCGCAAGUCAUCUCCUUCUACAAAGACUCUGGCGAAGUGGAGAUCCGCUACGUUGACUACGGUGGCUAUGACAGAGUCAAGAUAGACACCCUUAGGCAGAUAAGAUCAGACUUUGUAACAUUACCGUUCCAAGGAGCUGAAGUGUUGUUGGACAACCUCGCCCCGCUUCCAGGAGCAGAUCGAUUUUCACCUGAAGCCACAGCAGCCCUGGAGGAAAUGACUAGAGGUGUACCUUUACUAGCACAGGUCACAAACUAUGACAGUAACACUGGCCUGCCGUUAGUUCAGCUGUGGAAUAUGGUGGGAGAUGAGCUGGUGUCAGUCAAUCGCACUCUGGCAGAGCGAGGAUUUGGCACCUGGGUGGACAGCUUCUAAUCCUCACUGUACUCUCUCCCCUCCCCCACGUCCCUGAAACCCUGCCUGUUCUUUUCUCAUGGUCCUAUUACCCUAACCCCCACCCCCCGGUCACUGUCCACUGGAGUUUGGCUCGAGAUUUUGACUAAUAGUUUUAUACCACCUGCAGUACACAAUACCCGGUUUCAGUCUGGAAUUUUUUUUUUAUUUAUUUAUGUUUUUUUUUCUUUUUUUUUUUUUUUUU